AUUGACUUUGCCGGAAAUAGUCCGAUCAUAAUUCGAUCAAAUUGUCCAUCAUGUCAUCAUGUCAAGCGAAAUGUCAACCGAAAGGCGUUUCGGUCUAUCUGGAUGGAGUGUAUAAAAUGGUACAUUCAGCAUGGGUUUGGAUUUAUUACUUGUUACAGCGUGAGAUCGGUACCAAAAGUUGCUUUGGAAAGGUGUGUGUUUUACGUUCUCUUACUGUUCGCAAUGAAACACCGUACCAUCGUAGCGCCUUUGUACGCUUUGGUGCUGAUCGUGCUACAGGUGAGCCUACCGGAAGGGGUACACGGUUGCAGCAUGAUGAACAACGAUAACACCGAACAACGGGGUGCCCUACUGGCCGAUCCGGCCACCGCCAAAAAGAUGCCCGAAAUCACCAUGCAGGACGCGGUGAUGCAGUGCAACCGUACCUUCGUCAUUCAGCCCGACUACCUGUCCGAGCUGAACGAAACCGGAAGCUUCCCGGACGAAACCGACCGUAUACCGUUGUGCUUCAUCCGGUGCUAUUUGCAAACACUCGGCAUCCUGACGGAGGACGACAAGGUUAACAAGGAGACGGCGCUGGCACUGAAUUGGGCCACCUCCGGCGAAACCGUCGACGAGUGUCUGGACGAGAUGACUGGAGCGGGAUGCGAGAAGGCAUACUUCUUUACGCGCUGCAUCAUGACACGGGCCCUAGUCGAUGGGAAGAGCAAGGAUAAUAAGUAGUGGUAGUAGUGGAGCUUAUGCCGAUACCGACCUACAGACCUUACUGUGACGGAAUGUGUACAUUGAUAGUUUAACGGAGUGCACAAUAAAACAGCAUCAUGAACUUGAACUUUA